UGAUAGUGUAAUACCGGCCUUAGUGUUGGCUUCGGUCGCAGAUCCCGAUUUUCUUUCUUGAGUUCCAGCAUUCAACUUAAGAGUUGUUUCACAACUUUCAUCAGCUGUCAGAAAAAUAUCUGCAGUUGGCAUUUCGGCAAAAGAUCACUAUCUUGCUAAAGGUGUGGGUGCAAUUCUGAGAAAUUUAUGCAUCAAAUUUCUCCAUUUUAUUCAGUCACAAGAUAAUGAAAAAUAUAAUGGAAGAGAAAUAUUAGACCUGUCUCAGCACUCGCUAGUAUGUUAAGCUGAAAACAUAUCCACACUAUGCUUCACCACCCUGAAGAUAAUGGACUUGUGGAACAACUGCACUGACAAUUGAAGACGGCAUUAAGAUAUCACGACUCACCUCAUUGGAUGGAUUGUGCAUCACGGCCUCCAUCCAUCCAUUAAAGGUGACCUCCAGCCUACAGCAGCUGAUCUGAAACCUACUGAACUGUGUGUCUGAUAUUGUGUCUGUAGCUCCACCAGAUAAAGAGGCAAUCAAUGUUGAUGAUUCUGAUUACCCAUUUUAUGUGGACAUUGAGCCCAGCAUUAUAGCUAUGAGGAUGAAUUUUAAAUCAGGAAUAAUGAACACCCUUGAAGGCUUGAUUGCUCUCAGUCAGACUCUUUCCAUCCAUUUAAUAUCUGGUGAGAAUGAGGUGAAACUACAUGCAGAAAAUGUUUUCUUGUGGUUAAAGUCUGAUACAGUGAAAAGCUUGAGUGCUGCAGUGGUGCCUUCUGGAGAAAACACGAAUGGAGUGAAAAUAUCUGGAGAUCUUUCUGCAUACUUGGACACAGUUUCUGACAGCAUUAAACUACAGGAUGGCUUGGAUAACAAGAGGAAGCGCAGUACUGCUGGCUGACAAAUUUGGAAAGCCAGCACUCCAAUGCAUAAAGCUGUGAACACAAGUAUCUUGUU